CUUUCGUGCAUCUUUAGGCUGCAUCUCCCUCUCCUCCACCCGCAUUUCAACCUCAGCUCUUCUUCAUCCCACCAUCGGUGCUCCAUCCAUCUCGUCGUCCGGUUCCAUCUUCAAUUCAAAAGCUGCGUCCAUCCCCGGGUCACAUCUGCGAAAUUCCCCUUGCUGGCACGAGGGCCUUUUACUGAGCCUCUCCAUUCCCUGUCUCCCGCUGGCCGUCAUCGACUCUCAGCGACCUUGUCUGGCCACCCUCACUCUGUCCGUACCUGACGAAUCCUCCUGGGGACUGUUCCAACACCACAAUGGCCGACGUUUCAUCUACCCGGCUAUACCUGGGCAAUCUACCUCACAAUAGUAUGGCUCACCUCCACCUGAUCUUUUCUUUUGGUUGGCGUCUUCCCUAGAAUCUGUCAAUCUUGGUCCAUGUAGCACCAACCGAGGAAAUCAUGUAUCAAGUUCCCUAGGAUUACGAUCUCCCAAUCACUCAGGAUAUGCUCCAGGCGCUGACCCUUUACUCUUUUCAACCAAUCCAGUCACAAAACAGGAUGUCGAGGAACACUUCAAAAGCCACGGAGCUGGUGCCGUCAAGGAAGUCAAGCUCAUGAAUGGCUUUGGCUUUAUCGAAUACGAGGACGAAAUGGACGCCAGAGAUGUUGUCCCAGCCUUUCAUGGAACCGAGUUCAAAGGUGAAAGACUUACAGUCCAGUUUGCCCGUGGCCCGCGCCGCAAGGAAGACUUUGGACCUUCAGAUCGCAACGUUCCCCGUCCACGUCGCACCAUCUAUCGCAUGAACAUCACUGGCUUACAGUCCGGCACCAGCUGGCAGGAUCUGAAAGACUUUGUCCGAAAUUCUGGACAGCUGGAGGUCGUGUAUACGGAAACAGGACGUGACCAAGAGGGCAAAGGAUUCGUCGAGUUCGAGACCAGCGCCGACCUCAAGACUGCAGUGGAGAAGCUUGAUGGCCAUGAGUGGAGAGGUGCUCCUGUCCACUGCGUCGCUGAUAUCCAAGACGAAAAGCCCACCAUGCGAAAUUAUCGCCAGAGAAGCCCUCAGCGUCGUUAUCCCAUGGAUGACUACGACCGGCGCCCUCCCCUUCGGAGCUGGAGUCCUCGAGGAUACCGCGAGCGUUCCCCAGGUCGCCGACCUCCCAUGGAUGACUACUAUGAUCGAGGUUAUGGACGUCGAACUCCUCCCCGUUAUGAUGGACCUCCACCCCCUCGCAGAUAUGACGACGGCUAUGACCUUCGGGGACCUCCACCACCAGCUAGAGGCUACGGUGAUCCUUAUGCUCGCGGCGGUGAUCCAUACGGUCGACCCAGGAGCCCGCCUCGCUUUGGAGGCUACGGACCAGGCUAUGGAGCCUAUGACGAUCGUGGACGAUACUAGAUGCACGAAAUGAUUCCCGAACAUUGGACCUCCAAUCAAGAAAAUGCCAGGGUAGGCCACCAAGUGGUCAUGUAAUUCUCUAGCGGGUUUGGAGCAGAUGCUGGUCUUGUCAAACCCGAGGAUGGGCGAUGUCUGUCGCCCUGUUGCAAAGGCUGAUGACGUAAACUGUCAAGGAUGGCUGAUAGUUUCAAAUUGACCGACGGACGACUGUAUGUCCGUGGACCAAGAAUGGCGACCAGUCUCGGGCCACAGAAUGACAGGAUUCCAUGGACUGGAUAAGAUUGACACGACGGACUGACUGACUGGUUCUCACAUUGACGGACUUGUUUCUUUUUGUCGCAUAGCUGGAAUGAUUGACGUCUUCAAGGACUAAGGACUCUGGACAUGCCUUGACUGCCAGUAUUUGACGCAUCCCGCUUGCAAGGCGCCCGCCAACAGCAUUGGAGGCGUCUUCCGCCUGGGUUCCGUAAACCGUGAACAUGCUGUUCCUGCUGCACCUGUAAUUCUUAUGUUGGUCACGGUCACCCUGCCGACCAAUGGAUCCGGAGGAGUUUUUGGUCGUUCAUAAGCCAAGUCCCCCGACCAAUUUUCCCAACUCGGUCUCCUGCAAAUGUCAUUAAUGCAUACCUACGAAAACCGGGUAUAG